AUGGAUGAGAUCAAGGCCAGAGAAGGAUCCGUCAACUUCCUGGACACCGUCGAGGGCGAGAUCGCCUUUUUCCGCUCGAUGAUGCGCGCAAGGCCGGUCGGCCUCCACCGCCACUUCCACGUCCUCACUAUUCGCAACGCGAUCCUCAGAGACACUGGUCGGGCCAUUUCUACGGACGCCCUAUGGGAGAAGCUGCGAAGCUGCUAUGACAUGGACAUUCUGGAGGGGAUUGAGGUAGACGGCUAUGACCCUCCUGACAUACAUGACAUCCCUUCUCCGUCCUCUAUACCUGUACGAUCCCCUUCACCGUCAGACAACCUCUCAAUGCACCCCUUCUUCCGGCAUGAGUAUUCGCUCCCGCAAGAAGACACGUUCGACAACCUCGUAUUCGCGCGACGUAUGCGCGGAAGCGUGUCCUUGCCGUCUACCUCCCCCGCACCCUCCCCAAUACCAAUCGGUCCGUCAGCGCGAUCAUCAAAGAAGGGUAGGAGCAAGCUCAAGAAUAUGGCUGGGCUCAUUGGCGGCGAUAGUGAUAGCAGCGCGUUGACCCAGGAGAGCGGAGACGAGAGCAUUGCUGCCACUCCCAGAGACAGUGUCGCAGCUGGGACGGACGCGGGCACAGACUUCGCAGAGGAGGAAGAGGCAGAUGGAUCCCCAAGUAAGGCCAACCCAUGA